AGGCCGUCCGGAGAGAGCCCUGUCAGAGCCGUGUGCACCCCGUUUCAGACGUGCAAGGGCAAGUGUGACGAGUACCGGCCGUGCGUCGAGUGCACGGUGUUCGCCAGCGGCGAGCUGGUCGACACCUGCCAGACCAGCUGCGCCCAGCUGCUCAUCAACCAGACGGACGUGGUCGAGGUGGAGAGUCCCGACGAGCGGAUGUGCAUCUACACGGACGAGUCCGUCUGCCGCUACCGCUUCGUCUACGGCUACGACGGGCUGGGCAGCCCGGUGAUCCGCGUGCAGCCUACCAAACAGUGUCCGGCGCCCAUCAACGUGCUCAGUAUCGUUCUGACGCUGAUUGCCGCUAUCGUGGCGGUCGGUAUGGCGACACUGCUGCUGUGGAAACUGCUCACCACCAUCCACGACAGGCGCGAGUACGCCAAGUGGGACUCGGAGCGCAAAAACGCCAAAUGGGACACGGGCGAGAACCCUAUCUACAAGCAGGCGACCUCGACCUUUAAGAACCCAGCUUAUGGCGGGAAGAUGUGAGCUCUACUGGCGAGUGGCGGCGCUCCGGGGCCCUGAGAUGGUGCCGCACCGUACACUGCUGAGGGCAGGCUGCCCUCCCGCUGCGCGGCCGGCCGAGUGACCGGCGCUCAGUGACCGGCGCUCAGUGACCGGCGCUUAGUGACUCAGUGACCGGCGCUCAGUGACCGGCGCUCAGUGACCGGCGCUCAGUGACCGGCGCUCAGUGACUCAGUGACCGGCGCUCAGUGACUGGCGCUCAGUGACCGGCGCUCAGUGACCGGCGCUCAGUGACCGGCGCUCAGUGACCGGCCACCAGAGGUCACCUGAACACCCUGCGCCCCGUGUGUUCCCAAGGUUCAGGCCGUUCACUAUGCGCCCGUGGACUAUAUACUAUAAAGGGUGACUGAGAGGGCGAGACCGCGCCCAUAAUUACAACCAAGUCACCGUCUUGAUGGAUACUAAGUUGAAAAUAUGUCUGAUGUCCGGACAUAUUGCCGAUCAUUGGAUACCUAUUUCUGUGCCUUAGUGAUAAUCACAGCCUACUGCACAUUUAAUGAUGAGAUUUACCCAAUAUUAUGCAAUUGAGCUGUUAAAUUGUGUCAAUUUUUAGUCUUAAGCUUGGUAAGUGCUUUGGUGAGGUGCAAAAGGUACAUAUAUACUUAAACAAUUAAGCUAUUCAAUGACAUUGCAUUCGUAUGCGUAUUGUGUAUGCAAGCUACAGACCAAAAGAUACCUGCUGUGUUUUGACUCGAGGCCUUCAACAUAUGUAGAAGUGUCGAAAAUCAAUAAGUAUGCAAAACAGCAAGUGCUUUGUCUAUAUUUUGCUCUUAUAAUUUAUUCUGAAGAAUGCCUGGGCUAGAAUGUCAAUGCAUUAUUUUAUAAUUAUAUGUAAGCAUUAUACAUGCAUUGCCAUUGGUAACGAGCAUAAUGUCCUUUCCUGGCUUACCGAUUUAUUCAGCAUUUGAGUCAUUCAUAGGUCUGUACAUGAGCUAUUCAACCGCAACAGAUGAUCCGCAAAUAAACCGUUUCAUCGUUAG